AUGAUUGUGCCGGAUUUUAGAGUACUCUUAGAUGCUGUAGCCACAAAUCCAGAACUUGGCCUACACAUCUAUGGCCCUGGUGACACCCGCAAGGGACAAUGGCUUAGUUAUGCUGAGCUUCGGCGCAUUGCACAGCAGAAUGCAGCUAAGUUGAGAGGAACCCAUGGUUUCAGACAGGGCAAGAUCACGUUGCUGCAUUUUGAUAAUCACCGGGAUAACAUUAUCUGGUUUUGGUCGACUGCCUAUGCGGGCUCUGUACCUGCUAUGUCGACACCGUUUGUCAAUAGUCCCGACGCCCGCAAAGCCCAGAUUGAACACUUGCAUCAAAUUCUAGAAGAUCCAAUUUGCCUUACCCGCAAGAGCACAAUCCCUCGAGAUUUUGAAGAUAUCCCCCUCCUACGAGUGCAGGCUAUUGAUGAUCUUGAGGAAAUCUGCGAUGUUGUGGAGGAGUAUGAUCUGCCCGCAGUCAGACCAGACAACCUUGCUCUUCUGAUGUUGACGUCUGGGAGCACAGGGAAUGCAAAGGCAGUGUGUCUAACACACAGUAAUCUCCUUGCUGCUGCUCGAGGGAAAGCAAGCGCUUUCCAGACGCCUCCAAAUACAUGCUUUUUCAACUUUAUUGGCUUGGAUCAUGUGGCCGGCUUGCUUGAGAUUCACUUGCACGCUCUUGAAGAAAGAGCAAGCCAGGUACACGUUCAAUCUUCCGAUUUGAUCUCCGAUCCCCUCGAGUUCCUACGUUUGGCAAAUAAACACCGUAUCAGUCGAACACUUGCUCCGAACUUCUUCUUGGCCAAGUUACUCUCGACCAUAGAAAGCGCUGAAGCUCGGCUCGUGAAUAGCAAUUUCGAUUUGAGUUGUUUGACACAUCUUGCCUCUGGAGGUGAAGCAAACGUUGUCGCGACUGCGGACGCUCUGUCUCGGGUGCUAAGCAAGUUUGGGGCUCCUCGCAACUGCAUCGUCACAGCAUUUGGCAUGACUGAAACUUGUGCAGGAGCGAUAUUCCAUGAUUCUUGUCCCGAUUAUGAUCUUUCUCAAGAAUAUGAGUUUGCAGCUGUGGGUAAAUGUUGCCCGGAGAUAGAGAUGCGUAUCCGAACAUCUGAUGACCUGAAGACGAACGGUCAUGUCAGUGGUGCUACUGCAAACGGCAUUAAUACAGUAGGGGAUCUUGAAGUACGCGGCCCCAUGGUUUUUAGUCGCUACUACAACAAUCCGACUGCCACCGAGGAAUCUUUCACCAGCGAUGGCUGGUUCAAAACUGGUGACCAAGCCAUGAUUGACCGUGCUGGGAACCUGAACAUUGUCGGUCGUACAAAAGAUACGAUGAAAAUAAACGGCGUCAACUACACUUCUCAAGAAAUUGAGUUCGCGAUUGAAGACGCUGGAAUAUCAGGUGUUGUACCGAGCUUUACGAUCUGCUUUGCGUACCGUCUUCCUGGAGCAGCAACAGAGCAAGCCUGCGUCGUAUAUCUGCCUUUAUACCAGGAAGAUGACAUCGAAUCUCGUAUACGAGCCUUGGAUAGGAUUACAAAAAUUGUUAUACUCCGAACUGGCUCCAAGCCCUAUGUUCUCCCGCUGAGCGGAACACUGUUACAAAAAUCCACUCUUGGAAAACUGUCCCGGAACAAAAUUCGCCAGGCUCUCAUCGCUGGCAAAUAUUCUGCUCAUGAAGAAAAAAACCAAGCCAUCAUCAAAACUUAUCGAGAAAAACAUUUCUCUCCUCCCACAACGGAGACUGAGAAGAUAAUGUCUCGUAUCUUCCACGAUGUACUUGGAUUGGAGGAAGGUGAACUCGGCGUUGACGCCCCUUACUUUGAAGCUGGACUUACCUCAAUUGAUCUCAUCAAGGCAAGACACCGCAUUGAAAUAGCCUUCAACAUAACCGAGGAGAUUCCAAUGAGCACUAUGAUGACGAAGUCAACAAUUCGUAUGCUUGCCCAGACGAUGGAGUCGAUGGCAUCUGGUGAAGUACGCGUGUACGAUCCCGUAGUAACCCUUAAACAUUCGGGCGACAAAACCCCCCUUUUCCUCUUUCAUCCAGGUGUUGGUGAGAUCCUUGUCUUCUUCGGUCUUGUUAAAUUCCUCGAAGAUCGGCCAGUACAUGCUCUUCGAGCUCGAGGCUUCAAUAAAGGUGAACCAUUUUUCACAUCCAUCGAGGAGGUCAUCGAAGUAUAUUACACAGCUAUCCGGAAAAAGCAACCACAUGGACCCUACGCCAUGGCAGGAUAUUCCUGGGGCAGCAUGCUCGCCUUUGAGGUGGCCAAAAAGAUGGAAGCUGAUGGUGAAGAGGUUGGCUUCCUAGGCGCAUUUAAUCUACCGCCACACAUCAAAUGGCGAAUGCGUCAAUUUGACUGGGUUGAAUGUCUCGUUCAUUUGGCAUAUUUCUCUGAUCUCAUUAGUGAAGAGAGCACUACCACGGUGGCCCCCUACAUGCGUAUAUUGCCUUCAAAGUCUGCUCAAAUGGAUUACUUGUUAGAGAUAUCCAGCCCGGAACGACUAGAGGAGUUGGCCCUCUCGAAAGCCAACUUGACAAAUUGGGCUGAUGUUGCUUUUUCCCUACAAUCGCGCGCCGUGGACUAUGAUCCUAGUGGCAAAGUGACCGCCAUGGAUGUGUUUUAUUGCCGACCUUUGACAAUCCUAGGUAUUACGAAGCAACAAUGGUUGGAUGGACAUCUCCGUGCCUGGGAAGAAUUCGUCGGGGAUGUGCAAUAUCAUGAAGUCGAUGGAGCUCAUUACACGAUGCUGCUACCUGAGAACGUCGGCAGUUUCCAACGACAUCUAAAUAAGGUUUUGAAGAAGAGGGGGGUAUGA